GGUGUUGAAAAAGUCCGAGCGGAAUCUAUUGUGGAGAUGUUGGAGACAGAGAGACAGAGACAUAUUGUUCUUCUACGGAGCUACACGCCGAAACCGGUAGAAAAAUGGAUACUAAAAACACGACAUUUCACUAACUGCAAAUAUUACAUUUGGUGAAAUCCGAAAGAUCCUGUUAGACGAAUGGGUUUAUUAUUAAGAACCGACAUCACAACUGUUACUUUCACUAGCUAGCAGGCUAGCAGGCUAGCAGACUAGCUCCAAUGGCUGCAUGCUUGGAAUGGAUAGCUCGUUGAAACUAUUCUCUAGUAAGGAUUUAUAUUGGCAAUGGAAUAAACAUCAUCAUCUUGUCGUCGUCGGUAAUAUAAAGUAACGAUCUCCGUAGAGUGAUUGUCUCGACUGAACAGUACCGUUCACACACCGCGGACACAACAAGAAACAAGAAGAAAGUCACACAGGCUCACCGGUCGAGGCUCAAGGUUCAACAGACACAGACGGGGAGAACAUGACUCACAGACCUGUGCCAGAUCUUGGCAUGGGGCCACUGUGCCAGCCUCACCCCUACCAGGCCCUCUGAUGCCCCAGUGAAACAUGACCGAGAGGCUGUGAGGCUAGGAUAGCCACCCUGUCCCCCCGUCCCGACAAUACUCUCAGCAGUUCCCCCUAACCCCUAAACUCUCCAUCCUGCCCCACCAUGCUGCGUUUCCUGCCUCUGAAGCUGGGUCGUCUCUACCGUUGUCUGAAGCUUCUGCUGGUGGUGGGCCUGUUUGUUAUCCUCCUGAUGAACACCCACAACCUGUUCGCCUCCUUCCAGAAGAACGAGCUGACGGACCGCCGCUUCAUCAACCUCAACAAGUGCCCCGCCUGCUUCGGCACCAGCUGGUGCAGGAAGUUCAUGAACGGCCAGGUGUCCUUUGAGACCUGGGGACGCCUGCGCUUCCUGGAUGUCUUCAACGUCAAGAACGUGUACUUCGCCCAGUACGGAGAGCCGCGUGAGGGGACGAGGCGCGUGGUGCUCAAACGCCUGGGAUCCAAUCAGGAGCUGGCGGACAUCGACCAGAAGAUCUGUAAGAGAGCUACUGGCCGUCCGCGCUGCGACCUCAUCCAGGCCAUAUACAAGACGGAGUUCGCCAGGCUGAACGGGGACGUGAGGCUGCUGACCCCUGAGGUGGUAGAGGGCUGGUCUGACCUGGUGCACUGCCCCUCUCAGAGGCUGCUGGACAGGGUGGUGCGACGUUAUGCCGAAACCAAAGACUCUGGCAGCUUCCUGCUGAAGAACCUGAAGGACACCGAGAGGAUGCAGUUACUGAUGACCCUGGCCUUCAACCCUGAGCCCCUCCUACUACAGAGUUUCCCGUCAGACGAGGGCUGGCCGUUCGCCAAGUACCUGGGAGCUUGUGGUCGCGUGGUGGCGGUGAACUACGUCGGCGAGGAGCUGUGGUCUUUCUACAACGCUCCGUGGGACAAGAGGGUUGACCUGGCCCGACAGCUGAUGGACAUCGCUGAGCAGCUCACCAACAACGACUUUGACUUCGCCCUCUACCUGCUGGACGUGAGCUUUGAUAACUUCGCCGUGGGGCCGCGGGACGGAAAGGUCAUCGUGGUGGACGGGGAGAACGUCCUGGUGGCCGACAAGAGACUGAUCAAACAGAAUAAACCAGAGAAUUAUGACGUGUGGUACGAGAGUCGCUUCGAGGACUGUGACAAGGAAGCCUGCCUGUCCUUCUCCAAGGAGUCUCUGUGUAACCGCGUCACCGUGGACCACAACUACUACGCUGUUUGUCAGAACCUGCUAUCGCGUUACGCCACGUGGCGAGGGACCACCGGCGGCCUGCUCCACGACCCCCCCGCCCACAUAGCCAAAGACGGCCAGCUGGAAGCGCUGUUGGACGAGUGUACCAACCCUAAAAAACGCUACGGACGCUUCACGGCCGCCAAGGAGCUGAGAGACUACCUCACCCAGCUAGUGGCCUCCGCCUCGACGAGGUAAUGACCAGAGCUGGCGGUUAGCGGUGGCCUGCAUCUCAGCCGCACGGUGUGGUUCGGGGUUAGGUGAGGGUUUGAUCUCCCCCUCUGACCUUGUCCCCGGGAACUUGACCAUGACCUUUGAACCUUGACACUCCUCGUCUCACUUCAAGUCCAGGAGAUCCCCACCCCGCUGGUCACACGGCAGCAGCUUUGAUCGGUCCUCUUUCGUCUCUGAGCUUGGGAACAGAAAAACAACGUUGUCUCCUGGUGUCAACCAACCAGUGCAGCUUCAGAGGAGAUGUUUAAACUGAACUGACUGGUAGCUGGUUGGAGCUGAAGGACCAGGAGGAAGAGGAUCAGCCAAUAAGGAGAGCUUUAACCCGUGGUUAGGCUAACAUAGACUGUACAUGACUUCUCUCCUCCGCCCAGACCCUCUGUUUAUCCAUCAGGACUCUUGUGUUUGCUAGCAUUUUAUCUUAACCAUUCUUUCUUUCUGAAAACGUCCCUGUUGUCCUUUUUGGUUUGGGGUUGAACGAAUCUGAACAGGAGCAUGUUGACAUUUCGUCUGUGGUGUGUAUGUUCUGUUCAGGAGGACGGUCACUAACUCAACUCUGCUAUUGUCCCACGUGGAGACCUGAGCACAGCACCGCAGGUUAACAGAGGAAGACAAAGCCUUGGCUAUAAAGGUCUUUACUUCCUGCUACUCUAAUUGAUCACUUGGUUUCCAGUUCACCUGAAGUCAGGCAAUCAAUGUUUUUAUAUAGGGAGACAGGAACAGGAUAGUGAUGCCAAUGAGGACUGUGGUGGUGCAGAAUCUGAUAUUAGAUGUUGAGUGUGUUUACCAAAGAGGCUAUAUGAAACACUGAACUACCCCCCAGUACCAUGACACAACGCUGUUCUGAUCCUGUAUGACUGCCCAGAGGAACCUUCCCUCCAUCUGUCUGGCAACACAAUCUGCAUAGGAACGAUUGUAUGAAUCCAACUUAAGCCCAGGGUCAGGGUUAACCAGGCUCCCUUCUCCGUGUUGAAUCAGAACGAAGCUCCCUUCCAUGUGUUAAAUCAGAACCAAGCCCAGGGUCAGGGUUAACCAGGCUCCCUUCUCCGUGUUAAAUCAGAGCUAAGCCCAAGGUCAGGGUUAACCAGGCUCCCUUCUCUGUGUUAAAUCAGAGCUAAGCCCAAGGUCAGGGUUAACCAGGCUCCCUUCUCUGUGUUAAAUCAGAACUAAGCCCAGGGUCAGAGUUAACCAGGCUCCCUUCUCUGUGUUGAAUCAGAACUAAGCCCAGGGUCAGCGUUAACCAGGCUCCCUUCUCUGUGUUAAAUCAGAACUAAGCCCAGGGUCAGGGUUAACCAGGCUCCCUUCUCUGUGUUGAAUCAGAACCAGGCUCCCUUCUCUGUGUUAAUUCAGAGCUAAGCCCAGGGUCAGAGUUAACCAGGCUCCUUUCUCUGUGUUGAAUCAGAGCUAAGCCCAGGGUCAGAGUUAACCAGGUUCCCUUCUCUGUGUUGAAUCAGAACCAGGCUCCCUUCUCUGCGUUAAAUCAGAGCUAAGCCCAGGGUCAGAGUUAACCAGGCUCCCUUCUCUGUGUUAAAUCAGAGCUAAGCCCAGGGUCAGAGUUAACCAGGCUCCCUUCUCUGUGUUAAAUCAGUGAUUACUUAAAGAGAUAAUUAAAGGGUGAAUGCAUUUUCAAACAGACCCUAAGAAUUGGGCCACAGUGUGAAUGUCGCAUUGCCAUUGCAGUGGACUGCAGUACCCACAGAGUCUGUAAUUGAUAAAGGACUCCAUGUCUGACUGUUUGAAAAAGGAAAUGUUGAUCCUGUCUUGUUCUGUGCGUUUUAUCUACUUCCUCAACAACCCAGAUUUGGCUCCUCACAUGUCGUAAUUUCACAGAGUUUUGUGUUCAUUAUUAAACGUUGCCUCCUCACUGCUCAGCUUCACUUUGAGCCAUCCAGCUUUAACUGGCCUGUAUGUUUUAUCUCCAACAAAUUAGCACAUUUGGGUUGAUUUUGCACUUGGUGGACCAAUAAAUUAAAGCCCAAGUAAUCAUAAUGUACUGUAUGUUCAUUUGAAUAGUGAGAAGUUUGUUGUAGCUCAGCGUCCUUUCGUCUCAGAGCUAGGGAACAGAAAAACAACGUCCUUUCGUCUCAGAGCUAGGGAACAGAAAAACAACGUCCUUUCGUCUCAGAGCUUGGGAACAGAAAAACAACGUCCUUUCGUCUCAGAGCUAGGGAACAGAAAAACAACGUCCUUUCGUCUCAGAGCUUGGGAACAGAAAAACAACGUCCUUUCGUCUCAGAGCUAGGGAACAGAAAAUCAAUAUCCAACAGUCAGUGCUGUACACUACAUUCUAUAUAGACAGUGCCCCACAAAGGGUACCCUAUUCCCUAUAUAGUGCACUACUUUUGACCAAAGACCUCUGGCUCUAAAUAGGGAAUAGGGUGCCAUUUGAGAGGUCUAUAAACACAAUCAGACAGUAAUUUACAGUCAAUACCAUCCACCAUACAGUACAUGUACGAUUCCCUAUAUAGUGCACUCCUUUAGUAGCCUAGCUAAACCAGCCUGAUUCCCUAUAUAGAGCACUACUUUAGUAGUAUAAAUUCCCUCUAUAUAGGGAAUCAGGCUGGUUUAGCUAGGCUACUAAAGGAGUGUACUAUAUAGGGAAUAGGCUGGUUUAGCUAGGCUACUAAAGUAGUACUCUAUAUAGGGAAUAGGCUGCCAUUUGGGGGGGACACCUUGUUUUGGAAUGUUUCCCUGGCCUGGAGGAUUGUGAUUGGUUCGUUCUGUAGUUUGAGGAGGGAUUUGUAUGUGCGUAAAUAACUGUCCGCUUUUGUACUGUAAUUUUUCAUUUAAGUAUUUUAUAUCAGCAGUGUCUGAUUUUACUGUGCCUUUCAUUCAAAGGUUGUAUUUACAACUUUUUGGUGGGUUUAAAUAUUAAAAUAUAUGAAUAUAUAUAUAUAUAUAUAUAUAUAUAUAUAUAUAUAUACUUACCUGGUGUGUUGACUUUUCUGUCAAUCGCUGACUCUGUCAUUACUUUUGCUCAGGUUGUCACUACAGGUGUUUUCAGGUGUUUUUGACUGCAGGUUAAGAUUGGCCUAAUUUUCCUUUUCAAAACAGUUAUUUAUUUCCAUCACUCACUCUUCUGCCUGACUGAGCGCAUCUCAUCUAUCAUCCCGUCCCUUUUCUGUGCCUCCAUCGUAUUUUGACUCUGUGUGUAUCUGUAACUGUGUGCUAGUUGUGUGUGGCUCAACUUUGUAAACCCGCACCCGACUCUAACCCGCUGUGGCCCGCACCCUAACCCGCUGUGGCCCGCACCCUAACCCGCUGUGUCCUGACCCUAACCCGCUGUGUCCUGACCCUAACCCGCUGUGGCCCGACCCUAACCCGCUGUGGCCCGACCCUAACCCGCUGUGGCCCGACCCUAACCCGCUGUGGCCCGACCCUAACCCGCUGUGGCCCGACCCUAACCCUCUGUGGCCCGCACCCGACCCUAACCUGCUGUGUCCUGACCCUAACCCGCUGUGGCCCGACCCUAACCCGCUGUGGCCCGACCCGACUCUAACCCGCUGUGGCCCGACCCGACUCUAACCCGCUGUGGCCCGACCCUAACCCGCUGUGGCCCGACCCGACUCUAACCCGCUGUGGCCCGACCCUAACCCGCUGUGGCCCGACCCGACUCUAACCCGCUGUGGCCCGACCCUAACCCGCUGUGGCCCGACCCUAACCCGCUGUGGCCCGACCCGACCCUAACCCGCUGUGGCCCGCACCCGACCCUAACCCGCUGUGGCCCGCACCCGACCCUACCCGCUGUGGCCCGCACCCGACCCUACCCGCUGUGGCCCGCACCCGACCCUAACCCGCUGUGGCCCGCACCCUAACCCGCUGUGGCCCGCACCCUAACCCGCUGUGGCCCGCACCCUAACCCGCUGUGGCCCGACCCUAACCCGCUGUGGCCCGACCCUAACCCGCUGUGGCCCGCACCCGACCCUAACCCGCUGUGGCCCGCACCCGACCCUAACCCGCUGUGGCCCGACCCUAACCUAACCCGCUGUGGCCCGCACCCGACCCUAACCCGCUGUGGCCCGACCCUAACCCGCUGUGGCCCGACCCUAACCCGCUGUGGCCCGACCCUAACCCGCUGUGGCCCGACCCUAACCCGCUGUGGCCCGACCCUAACCCGCUGUGGCCCGACCCUAACCCGCUGUGGCCCGACCCUAACCCGCUGUGGCCCGCACCCGACCCUAACCAGCUGUGGCCCGACCCUAACCCGCUGUGACCCGACCCUUACCCGCUGUGACCCGACCCUUACCCGCUGUAACCCGACCCUAACCCGCUAAUAGAGAAAAUGUUUCUGCUUAUAAUUUGACAUUUUGUUUGGCUAUUUGCAACUUGUCUAUAAUUAGAUACGUGCAGCUUCUCUUCUGUCAUUACAUGUUGCCCUAGAAGAAUAAAUAAACCUUUGCUCACCUGAAUAAUGUCAUAAAUAUGUAGAAUGAAUGCAUACAUUUAGUUGACAUCGGUAAAGUUCUCUUCUUUCACGGAGCAAAGACGUUUAGGGACCGGGGAGAAAAUGCAAUAACUUUCCAAAUGACAUCAGUUUGACCGGUUGUAAGGAAAUAGAAAGCAGUGAAAACAACCCAACAUGUUUCUGAUGUGAUUUCAGGUCAGCUGGGAUGCAUAUUUUAUGUGGUUGAAAUACAAUCAGCUGUUAUGAUGCUGAUAAAGACAGAGCACCUUUACAGACGGUCCAUCUUCAUCAGCAUCAUAACAGCUGAGAGUAUUUCAACCACAGUUAGGGACCGUCUGUAAAGGUGAUGUAUUUUUUAACUGCACAUUCGCAUUCUCUCAAGAUCCUGAAAGAAAUAAAUCCUAUUAUUCCA